AACCUACAUACCAGCACACCCUAAUGAUGACUUACCAUGUGACACAGGGGAAGGACAACUAAAUCAGAUUUUGACAACAGAUCGAAGACGCCAUCACAGAGUGUGACAUCUCUGCUGGACAUCACUCAAGACCUGAAGAACUCUAACUUGGUGUGUGCACAAUGAACUGAAUAAAUAUCAACAUCUUACCUCGUGACAAAGGUGAAGACAAAUCAAAGAUUUGGACUUGUUGAAUGGAUCAAAGACGCCAAAACAAGGAGUGAGGUCUCUGCUGGAAAACACACAACUGGAGGAUUUUAAAGCUCUGAGAGGAACAGACAUUAACUUGGUGAGUCUGACAUCUGAAGGCAAAUAUCAAGAGAAAUGGCUGAAAGAAACGUUCUUCUUGAAAGUUACCUGAACUGCCACGUGUGUGCAGAGACUUUCACAGAUCCUGUGUCUCUGAGCUGCAACCACAGCUUCUGUUCAAGCUGCCUGCAGAAAUUCUGGGAACAAACUGAGAACAAGAACUGUCCCAUCUGUAAAAGAAAGUCAUCAAAAGAGUAUCCAUUAGUAAACUUUACACUGAAGGAACUGUGUGACUCGUUUGCUGGGAGACUGAAAGUGGGAUCAUCUGAGACAGAAAAAGGAGAGAAGAAGGUGGAGGUGGUGUGUAGUAAACAUCAAGAAGAGCCUAGACUGUUCUGUAAAGAUGAACAGAGAGCUGUGUGUCCUGUCUGUGAAUUUUCUCUCCACCAGAGUCACACUGUGGUUCCUGUAGAUCAAGCAGUCAGUGAGCUGAAGGAGCAGCUGAAACCUGACUUAAAGUCUCUACAGGACAAGAGGAACAAAUACAAACAAGUGGAGGAAACAUACAAAGAAGUGAUUCAACACUCCAAGAAGCAGCUGUUGUCCACAGAGAGGAAGAUCAGAGCAGAGUUCAACAAGCUCCACCAGUUCCUGAAAGAGGAAGAGGAGUCCAGACUGACAGCUCUGAGGGAGGAAGAGGAGCAGAAGGGGAAGACUAUCAGCAGAGAGAUGAAGAGGAUUCAGGAGCAGAUCUCCUCUCUGUCAGACAGUAUCUGUGCUGUUGAAGAAGACCUGCAGAAACACAACGUGGCCUUCCUCAGCAGUUAUAAACCCACUCAGACCAGAGCCAGAGUCCAGUGCUCAGAGUCAGAUCCACAGCUGGUCUCAGGAGCGCUGAUAGAUGAGGCCAAACACCUGGGCAACCUGUCCUUCAGAGUCUGGGAGAAGAUGAAGGACAGGGUCCACUUCAGUCCAAUCAUUCUGGACCCAAACACUGCAAGCGACUGUCUCUAUCUGUCUGAUGAUCUGACCAGUGUGAGAUAUGGAGACACAUAUCAGAAGCUUCCUGACAAUCCAGAGAGAAACACUAAUACUGCUGAUAUUCUGGGCUCUGAGGGCUUCAGCUCAGGGAAGCACAGCUGGGAGGUGGAGGUGGGAGACCAUCCUAGCUGGAAUGUGGGUUUGGCUAAAGAGUCACUUGACAGGAAGGGAGAGAUAUUAGCUACACCAGAAUAUGGAAUCUGGUGUUUCGACAAUAGCAGUGGAAAAUACAGGGAUGUUGUUGGUGAGACUCUGAAAGUGAAGAAUAGUCUCCAGAGGAUCAGAGUCCAGCUGGACUAUGACAGGGGGGAGGUGUCCUUCUACGACCCUGAAGACAUGACUCACAUCUACACUCACAGAGACACUUUCACUGAGAGAGUCUUCCCAUAUUUCAGUAUCGCAAAGUCUGGUGAUGCUAAAACUUGUGAGCUCAAAAUGUGUCAAAGGUCGAUUGGUGUGAUGUUCAGGGAGGGCGGUGAGGUCUGACUGAUUGAUUCAUGUCGUCAUCAUGGAGGAGGUUUUUCUUCCUGUUACUAAUAAUUCCAGUUCUUUCUUUAAAGCUGAGAAUCAUUUGAUUUGAAGGAACAUGAAGAAAAUGUAGAAAACACAUUUGGACUCUUUCAGUGUCGGACAUGGUGGCACACAUUGUUUAGUUCUUGAAGAAUCCAGAAAAUAUUCCAGAGACACAGAAUAAGCUGAUCUACAAAAGUCGACUUUAUUAUUGAUGUGAAGCAGUUUAGCUGGAAAUGUUUGAUGUGAUGGAAACAUGCUGAAAGAACUGGGACCAUUUAGAUUCCAUAGAAUAAUUUAGAUCAUUAAAUACUUGAUAUGAAUAUUUUUGAUCAAAUCAUUUAACAUUUUUAUAUUUUCUUUGAUGAAUCAUCUUGUUUUAGUUUGAAAAAUAGAAAAAAA